AUGGAUCUUCCAUUUGUGGUUGAUUCAGACGAUGAUGGAAUGGUCUCCCACGAACUAGAGCAAAUGAGGAGCAUAUUGGAAGAGACGAUUUUAGAAACGCGCAGCAUGCCUCUCGAAAAUCGACCGCGACUUCCCCGCAUACCCCUAAGCAAGCGAAAUCGGGCUGUCGUGAGGGCUCUUAACCCAAUGCUGGUAACCUAUUUGGAAGCCAGCCGGGACCUUUGCGAGACGGACUCAGUUCUUUUUGGCGCCGCACUGGCAGCUUGCCGUAUUAUUGGCGCCAAACUUCCCAUGGCUGGACGCGCUACUAAACAAAGUAGCGCCAUCCCAGCCUGGAGAAAAAGAAUCGAGGACCGUAUCGCAAAGGCAAGGGCCCUUAUUGGCAGACUGACAAGCUUCAGGUCGGGUAAUAAUAGACCGAGGGUUGUGCGCACCGUUAGAAUGGCGUUUGCUGGGACAAAUAUCAGUUUGUCCCAGCCGGAUAUCACGCAGAAACUAACGGAGCGCAUAGACGACCUGAAGCAAAAAAUCGCCGCUUGGGGGGAAGCGGAUUCGACGAUUUAG